AUGGACCUCUUUAAUGCAAACACGUCGCCAGCAAAUAUAUUCAAUAACAAUAAUAAUAAUGCCGCCGCCGCUAACACUCCCGCUAGUAAAAAUGAUGAACUAACAACAACCGCUGAUGAGUUCAUGAAUUUCAUGGAUUCAAAACAAUCCUAUUCACAACCAUUCGACACAGAUUCAUUCAAUGAAAACAAUAACCAACAGUUCCCCGGCGGAACAACAAAUAGUAACCAAUCGCCAGCCAUGACAAUGGCCUCUCCAUUCGAAUCAAAUAAUAAUAAUAAUAAUAAUAAUACGGGCAGUCUGUCGCCACAGGCUAUACUAGCAAGAAAUUCUAUCAUUGACCAACAGGCAUUCUCGAACGUCAACACGCCGACUGCUGCUGUACCCAUAAAUCCAAGAACAUCGGCAACUCCGCAACAGGUGUUGAUGAUGAACAAUAAUAAUGCUGUCAAGAUGGAUAGAUCGCCUUCUCUCAAUUCACAAAACGAAUUCCAAGCACAACAAUCUAAUAAUAAUAAUAAUAAUAAUAAUAAUAUCCCUUCUAAUAUAACAAACGCUAACAAUAUAAAUAAUUCAAAUAUAAACUUGAUGAACUCAUCAAACUCAAACGCUCCAACACCAACAGCAAAUAAUGCAUUUGUCGGAAGAGCAGCCAUGUUUGCAGCUUUGCAAAACACCAACGCCAAUAAUAACAAUAACAAUAAUACGGCGACUAUACCGACAUCUUCUUCAUCACCAAAUCAACAGGAACAAUUACAUCUUCAGAAUUUAAGAAAGAGACAGCAACAACAAGAACGUUUCUUAGCGUUACAGCAACAAUUGCAACAACAGCAACAAACGAACCCGAAUGCAACCAAGCAACAAUUACAACAGAAACAACAAGAACGAUUCUUGGCCUUGCAAAGAAAGUAUCAGGAACAACAAAUGUUACAUCAUCAACAACAGCAGCAGCAGCAGCAGCAACAACAAUUACAACAGCAACAGCAACAACAACAACAACAACAACAACAAUCCGCUGCUCAAACAUCUCAAUCACCCGUGCCCACUUCACAACUAAACCAGCAACAACAACAAGAGCAAAGACAACAUCAUAGAAAUAUUUUACAAAGUCUAUCGCCCAUAUUACAACAACGUAUCUCUAACGAAUUAAACAAUAAACAGUACGAGUUAUUCAUGAAAUCAUUGAUUGAAAAUUGUAAAAGAUUGAAUACACCUUUACAAACAUUACCUAUGAUUGCUAACAGGCGUGUUAAUCUGUAUUAUUUAUAUGCCAUGGUCCAAAAAUCUGGAGGCAUUAAUGCGAUGGAACAAAAUAAUAAUCAAUGGGGGGUUAUCGCUGAGAAAUUAUCGAUCCCGACUAAUGAGAAUUUAAAUGAAGUGAUUCAACAAUUAAAAUUGAUAUAUUUCAAAAUAUUGAUCCCCUACGAAAAAUAUUUGAUGACUAAUGAAGGUAUAAAGGAAACACAAGCAAAAAGAAUAUUCUUGCAACAAUUCUUACAAGAAGUGUUGAAAAAGAUUCAGCAAUUUCCUCAGCAACAGCAACAGCAACAACAACAACAACAACAACAACAACAACAACAACAACAACAACAACAACAACAACAACAACAACAACAACAACAACAACAGCAGCAGCAGCAGCAGCAGCAGCAGCAGCAAAUUCGUCAACCACAACAGAAUGAAACAGUAUCCAACGCAUCAACGCCAGAUAUUAUCUUUGCAAACAAUAACGGUAAAAAGGUAGCCAAGAAACCAAGGAAGCCAAGGCAGAAGAAGAAAACCAAGAAGGAAUUAGAACAAGAGCGCAAAUUAAAGGAAGAAAUGGAAUUGAAACAACGUCAAUUCAUUGAAAAUGAAAGAUUAAAGCAAAAGCAAUUGCUAGAAUCAAAAUUAAGAAAGGAAUAUGAAUUGAAAUUAUCUCAACUGCCUAAAAAGUUUCAAAGAACCAAGAUUAGAAAUUAUAGCGCUUUAAAGAGACCCAUUGAUUUAAAUAAUGGUUAUGAUAUGAAUUACAUUUCUCAAAUUGGUGAAAAAAUUGAUUCUAAUAAACCCAUCUUUCUCUUUGCUCCUGAAUUAGGUGCUGUUAAUUUGAGCGCAUUAUCAAUGUCCAUUCAGUCAAAUAACUUGGCUGAAGUUAAUACAGCAUUGAAUACGCUAUUAGUGGUUAGUGCAGAUUCACUUCUAAAGAUACAUUUAGAUGAUUGUUCCGAGUUAUUAGAUUCCCUCUGUCAAUUGGGGAUUACUUUAUUGAAUGAAUUAAAUGAUGGCUCGAGCGUAAGUAGAGAAAAAUUUACAUUUUCUCAAAAUUACCUCGAGGAAGCAGUUGUCACAGAUCCUCAUUUCACAUCAUAUUCCAGAAAUGAAGAUUUAUUGGACUCUGUCUUCAGGCAGUACACACAGAAGCAUGAGGGCAACGAUGUCACUGUAAAAGUGGAUUCAUUGACCGGGUUGGAUUUAGAACAAACAAUAAAUGCCAUCCCCACUCCAGCAAAUACACCAUUGCCGAACCAGAACAAUGCAACCAUUGAUUUACUAGAUAACGAUAUUGAAGAUGAUAAAACGGACGUCAACAUAAAGGAAGAGAUGAAUUAUCAUAAGUGGGAUUUAUUAACAGAACCACUAAAAUAUAGAAAAGGACAAACUAUUGAUUUACAAACGCCAUCAUAUUUGACGUCAUUGAGAAAUAUUAGGGAUGAAGUGGAUACCAUAUUUACGAAGGUCACAAAAAGAGGUGCCGAAAACCUUCAAAUAUUAAUCACAGAUCAACUCUCUACCAUUUCGAUGAUUUUAAGAAAUUUUUCUUUCUCAGAAAUUAAUUCGAGAUUAAUCGCCAAGAAUAGAUUUUGGAAAAGAUUCUUGUCAGACUUAUUAUGGUCGCUCUUUAUUAAUCCAGCAGAAAAAUUUAAAUUCCAUAGAAAGUGUCUGAAUUGUAAAAAAGAUGUGAUGUUAACGUUAACCAACACAGCUCAUCUUUUAGAAAUUGAUUCUCAUGUCGACCUUUUCUUUUUACUUAUGUUAACCUUAAGUUUUGGUGAGCCUAAGAAAUUGAAUGGAAAUUCAAACCAAAUAACAUAUUCUGAAUAUUCACUAAAUUGGGGGAAAUAUAAUGCAUUUAGUACGGAUGUCUUAGCGAAAUUGUUGUCAUUAGGUUAUCCCAAUAGGACAUUUCUUAAAUCAAUACUAUUGAAUUCUUUUGAUAUAAACGACUAUAAAAAUGUAAAGGAUGUGGAAAUUGCAAAAGUAUUGAUUAAUAAGUACAAUGGGGAUGAUAAGGGUAAGUUAUUUAAUGAUUUGGUGUCGUUUCUGUUUUCUGCGAUCCCAUUCCAGCAAUUAAGCACAAAUCCAAUUAUUUUUGAGAAUAUUAUUCCAAUUGUUUCACAAACAAUGAUCUCGUUAUUAGAGUUACUUAAAUUUUUUAAAACAGAUGAUAAUAAAAACAAAGAUUCAUUUCAAGGAAGAAAAAACUUACCUUUACUUUGGUUAAAGUCUGAGGAGAAUAUCGCAUUGAAUUUAAGAAGGCUAAAUGAAUUUGUCAACAACGUUACAAUCAACUUGGAAAAAUUCAAUUUGGUUUAUUUAAAAGAUUUUUUGCCGAUGUUAAGUUCAAGGUGUGUUCAAUUAUUAACAGAGCUAAUUAAGAAAUCGAUAGAAUUAUCAUCCUCGGAGACAGACAAAAGAACGAUAUACGAUGAAUUGAUAUCCAUUACUAAUUUAUUGCCUGCAGAAUCCGAGUUCUUGGCUAUCUUAUCAAAUCCGUUAAUUGAUUUCCGCCUCAUUGAUCAAAUGCAAAGACUAUAUGGUUUAAGAAAUGAAAUUAUAUCUAAUUGUAAUAUCUAA